AUGUUUUUAACAACCAUAUUACUCCGCAAGAGAAUUCCGGGAAAACAAUGGAUUGGAAAAUACAGGCGGCCGAGGCCGGUUACCCUUUCAAUGAAGCAAGCGAUGAUCCGAAGGUUGGAAAUUGAAGCAGAGAACGAGUAUUGGCUGAGUCGACCUUACCUGACACGGGAGCAGGAGUACAAACAUAACACGGAGGAGCGACGUGCGAAAUGGGAAGCUUUCAAAAGCCGGAUGAAGGCCAGGGUUCCUGAGCACAGAAGCAUCAGUGAACACUUAAACCACUUAAACGUGUCAAGGCAGUGGUCCUCUUGA